GAACGAAGUGCCAUGGUAAAAGUUUCUGGACGAACGCGAUCAAUUAUUCAACAGAAGACAGAGGAUACGCGGCAAGUAUUGCAGUUAACGACAGUUCUUUUUGUUAAAGACGAUUAAAAAAAAAAAUAUGUCCACCCUCGUAGAUGCUACACUUCGAAGUCUAGAUACUUAGUUAGAAGUUCUACAUUUACAGACGGGGAACCAAGAGGAGCAUGCGCUUUUCUUUCACUUAAAGAACAAGACAGUUCGCGGCAAUCAUUUGAUCGUGCAGUUCGCGUGCGUGUGCCUCCAAUGGACUACGAUACAGGACUGAAAGUAGCUCUAGGAUGGAAUCGUCGGAACAUGGAAUUAAUUGGCGUCUGGCCUGAACCGACUAGAACCGACGAACGAUUGCCAAACUUUAAAGUCCUAUUUUUCAUGUUCCUAAUAUUUCUAUUUGGAAUUUUACCGGAGAAUGUGAAUCUAUAUUUCAUAUGGGGAGAUCUUGAUCUGGUGAUGGAAAGUCUAACGAUGGCUAAUGUACCAGCUGUAAACGCGACGAUAAAAUUUAUCUACGCUUGGUAUUACAAAGAAUCUUUGAAGCCCGUCAUCAAAUGUUUCUACGAUGACUGGUACAAUGUAAAAACGGAAGAGGAAAAAGCACUGAUGCUGAAGAUGGCUAAACCUGCCAAAUUUAUUUCUGUGUGGUGUUCGAUGUUGGGUUUAAUGAUGCUCGUUGCAUACCACGCCCUUCGAAUAUAUACCAUCUUCCGGACUGACAAAGCAAGCGUAAACCAGGAUCGCUUGAUCAUAUAUCCAGUAUAUUUUCCUUUUGACAUUCGACCAACAUCAAGAUUGUUAAUAAUUAAUUCUGCUCAAGUGAUAGCAGGAUAUUCAGACACUAUUGCUUAUACUACGAUCGACACUUUCAUUGCCAUGUUGAUCAUGCAUAUUUGCGGACAAUUUGCGAUUUUAAAGAAGAAAUUAUUAAGGCUGAUGGACAGUGACAGACAUGGCAGUAAAGGCAUGGAUGACUUUCAAAGGGAGCUGGCUUUGAUUAUCAACAAACACGAGCAACUGAACGGACUUGCGACAACGAUCGAAGAGUGUUUCAGUAUGCUGCUGUUGAUUCAACUGUUGUUCUGUACCAUUGAAAUCUGUCUCCAAGGUUUCAUUCUUCUCAAUGUGAUACUUCAGAACGAAAAUGGAAUUUUCCACUUUCAAAUGGUUCACUUCAUUAUCUUUAUCAGCUUCGUCCUUGUUCACAUAUAUCUCUAUUGCUACAUAGGCGAGAUGCUCCUCGUUCAAAAUCGAGAAUUGAGCGACUGCGCGUAUGAAUCGAACUGGUACAAUGUCUCACCCCCUGAAGCCAGGUGUCUCUUAUUCAUUAUGAAAAGAUCCAUUCGGCCACUACGUUUGACAGCAGGCAAAUUUAGUACUUUUUCCAUGGAAAUGUUCAGUAGCAUUUUAAAAACAGCGAUGGGGUAUCUUUCAGUGUUAUUAACCGUUAUAUAAUCACUCUACUCAGAAUAGACUUAGGAACUUUCAUUUAGAAUAAAUACCCUGAGCUGUGCAAUUGGUCGUCUCGACGAAGUGUUACCACUGUUGAAGCAAACACAUUGAUGUUACUGUUGAGUGUGUUGAACGUUUCUCACAAAUAUCUGUCUCGUCGU